CGAUGUUUUUCUUCAGUCGAGUAUUAGUACAAGACACUGAAGAAGUCUGCACAUUGUAGACGAAAUACGCGUAUCUGUCAAGGAUAAGCAAAUAAAGUAGUGGAAUUAAAUGGAAAAUACUAAUCCUUCUCUCUCUCAUUAUACAGGUAUUCCACUAAGACGCCCACAUUCAUCAGGAUUCAUCAUGGCAACCAAGCCGUCGGAGCCAAAUAAAUUCAUCGGAUUGAAGAAAACCAUCGCAUCGCUUCACAAGGACGUAGCAUUUCUGAAGAAAUGCCAAAAAUAUAAGGUUAUACCUAUAAGCCAUAGGAUUAAGGUACGGACACCCACCCCACCCAGCGUAGUAAAGAGGAUGGAAGCAGAGUUCAUCAAGGAUAGCAUCAGACGGCUAUAUAGCAAACUGGACAUGAAGGUUUUGGAAUGUUAUUAUCUACAUCUCAAAUUGGCCAAGGAGUAUCCAAUUAAAUUCCAGGAGUUUCUGUCUAGGGCCAAGGUAGCAGAGGAGUGCGAAUCGGAUAGGAAGCGGAAGCUGCAGGAUAGGAAGCUAAACAGACUACGGCAGGAGUCUCAACGGAGACGGACGACACACCGAACGGGUGAGCAGAUCCCAUCAACCAUCACCACGACGCCGAGGGUUCACUCCAUUGAUGGGUUGGUUGUCAACCGAUCGACGACCGCAUUCACGGAAGAACAAUUGAUACACCUCAACAAGGGGCUAGGAUACGCGGUUACAACCAAGCCAGACGUGGAGCAGAUCAUCAUUGACGUAGAAACAGCGAUUACCAAGACGCUUCCAACAACAUCACAGAAUACGGUUAGGACUAUCACAUCGAACAUAAUCAAGGACGGACAGGACGGACGCGCCAACGAAAAAGAAAUUCGGAUUGUAAAGGAGCUAAAAAGUAAAGCAGUAUACUACGUAAAGGCAGACAAGGGAAACGCGGUCGUUAUCAUGGACAAGGACGAUUACGAUAAUCAAAUGAUAACGAAGAUUAACAACGGACCGUAUAGACAGCUUCGAGUAGACCCCUUACAGAACAUAGUGAAACGCGUGGAGAAAGCACUGAAGGAGUGCAAAUCGAUAUUAGGAGAUGGAGCAGGUCGUAUACGGGAACCCAAUCCCAUUCUACCCAGGAUCAAAGGUCUUCCCAAAGUCCACAAACCAGGAAAUGAAAUGCGAGAGAUCGUGUCUGCAGUUGGUUCCCCCACCCACAAACUAGCGAAGUGGCUAGUCAAAGAGUUCCAGAGUAUGCCGAAUCAGUUCCAGAGUAAAGCAGUUAGUAACACCCAGGAGUUCACCCAGCAACUACAAUCUUCAGGAGACAUCAACGAGGACGAGAUUAUGGUAUCUUUCGACGUCACAGCUCUUUUUCCCAGCGUACCGGUCAAGGAAGCGAUCAACCAUUUGGAGGACUGGCUAUUAACACAACGAGAGGAUGCAGCAUGGAGAAACAAGGUUCGGACGUACCUUAAGCUGACCCGCCUUUGUAUGGAAGAGAACUACUUCUCUUUCCGAGGUAACUUCUACAAGCAGACGAAAGGAGCCCCAAUGGGAAACCCCCUAUCCCCCUUCUUGUGUGAACUUUUCAUGGCCAACUUGGAGACAAUCCUGAAGGAGAAAGGACUAUUACCAAACCGUUGGUGGAGGUUUGUUGACGAUAUCUUCAGCGUAGUUAAACGGGAAGCCCUUCCACAAAUUUUAGAUGAGAUCAACAGAAUUCAUAAGGAUAUCAAAUUCACUCACGAGGUAGAAAAAGACGGGAAACUCGCAUUUCUCGAUCUUCUAGUCAUCAGGGAAUCGUCAUCAUCUUCCUCGCUUGAAUACGAAAUUUACAGGAAACCAACAAGCACCAAAAGAGUUAUCCCCUAUACUUCCAACCAUUCGUUCCAGCAGAAAAUGGCCGCCUUUCACCACAUGAUUCACCGAAUGCAGACUCUUCCACUCAGCGAUACAGGAAAGGUUAAGGAAUUACAGUACAUCUUCGAAACAGCAAGACUCAACGGAUACAAGGAGACCACAAUCCAGGCAAUCAUCGAUAAAAAAGCGAGAAUUCUACAAAGGAGAUUAUUUACAACCCUCACCACAGCACCUGAACCAUUGAAACGAGUGUCCGUUCCAUUUGAUCAAGAUAUUACUUGUAAACUAAGACCACAGUUAAAACAAUUCGGAUUAGAUUUAGUUUUCACCAGUAGACAUAACCAGUUGAAAUCAUUGUUAGGAUCCACUAAAGACCCAGUUAAUCUGUAAUCAUUGUAACAAAGUAUAUGUAGGACAAACCAAGAGAACUUUAGCAACUAG